AGGCGCGGGCUGCGCCGCCAGGACUUUGGCUUUGACACCGAGUGCGAGCGGGAGCCGCAGGGCUGGUGCUGGGCACUGGAUGCGGUUCUGGCGGAGCCCACGUCCGAGUCCGAGCGCAGGACCUUUUGCCUGGAUCAACGCAGCCGCCGCGACGCCGCAGGUCCCGGUGCAGCCGCAAGACUCGGCGCAGCUCGGUCGGAUUUCGCCGCGGGUGCCGCCGCCCGGCAGCCUCGCCGCUCCUGCCGGCUCUGGGAGAGCGACUCUGAGAGUUUCUCCCGCAGAAAAAGCCGGGACGCGUGGCCCGAGGCGGCGAGGGAGGAAUCCCGUGGCCCGGCCCCUGACCUGCGCCCGCGCUGGCACCAGGGCUGGGGGCAGGGGCCCAGCGCUGUCCCGGGCUUGGCUCCGGCUUCGGAGCCGCAGGUGGAAGAAGGACGUCCCGGAACGGAGUAGCGGCCGAAAGGUGGCCAAGUGAAAGGUACUUUCGGACCGUCUGGGCAUGGCGAUCUAGUGUUUGUGGUAACCAGUUCAUCCCCCAAAUCCUGCACCUUCCCUUCUUUUGUGCCUGUAAGGUCUACUGGGCUUCUCCUCCCUAGCCAGAGUUCUACUGCAGUAGUGAGGCCUUCCUGGGCCCUGAGCCUGGCUGGUCAUGGGGAGCACCCUGGGCUGUCACCGCUCCAUUCCCCGGGACCCCUCAGACCUGUCCCAUAGCCGCAAAUUCAGCGCGGCCUGCAACUUCAGCAACAUCCUGGUGAACCAGGAGCGGCUGAACAUUAACACUGCCACGGAGGAGGAGCUGAUGACCCUACCUGGGGUGACGCGUGCGGUGGCACGCAGCAUCGUGGAGUACCGCGAGUACAUCGGUGGCUUCAAGAAGGUGGAGGACCUGGCACUUGUCAGUGGCGUGGGUGCCACCAAGCUGGAGCAGGUCAAAUUCGAGAUAUGCGUGAGUAGCAAGGGCAGCUCGGCGCAGCACUCUCCCAGCUCCCUGCGGCGGGACCUCCUGGCCGAGCAGCAGCCUCACCACCUGUCCACCACCACAGUGCCUCUCACCCCGCGGGUCAACAUCAACACGGCCACCCCAGCUCAGCUCAUGAGCAUCCGAGGCCUCACGGAGAAGAUGGCUGUCAGCAUCGUGGACUAUCGCCGUGAACAUGGGCCCUUUCGCAGUGUCGAGGACCUGGUGAGGAUGGGCGGCAUCAAUGCCGCCUUCCUGGACAGGAUACGGCACCAGGUGUUUGCUGAGAGGUCCAGGCCCCCGUCCACCCACACCAACGGGGGCCUGACCUUCACCGCCAAGCCUCACCCCAGCCCCACUUCGUUGAGCCUGCAGAGUGAGGACCUGGAUCUGCCACCAGGGGGGCCCACGCAGAUUAUCUCCACUCGACCUUCAGUGGAGGCGUUUGGAGGCACGCGAGAUGGGCGGCCUGUGCUGAGGUUGGCCACCUGGAACUUGCAGGGCUGUUCUGUGGAGAAGGCCAACAACCCAGGAGUACGAGAGGUGGUGUGCAUGACGCUCCUGGAAAACAGCGAGGGGCUGGACAGGAGUUGAUACGAGAGCUGAGAGAUGUGAACGCGGGUUGGAAGAGUCUUCAG